GAGCAUUGCAUGAGCCGCAACUCAAACCCACCCGCUCCCCUGCCCCGCUUCGCUUUCGUGUCUGGAGUUGUGUGCAGCUGGCCCUCACACCCACCGGCCUCCCCGCCAUUUGGUACGAGAAGUCAGCAAGGUGCAAGCUUUGGGACAUGCGACGAUCUCCAUGCGCGUCAUAUGUCCCGUCACGGGAGGAUCGUAGACGGCGACACCGGUUCCGAGUAUUGUAUCCUGGCAGGGAUCCCUGUGUGACAGUCUACCCUAAACACACCUCAUGCAACCACCUAGGCAACCACUCGAGUAACUUACCAGCAGACUGCCAGUAUGCCAGCGCCACCCUCAACACUACCCCCACCCACUCAUGCUCCCAUCCUUACUAUGCUACGAGUAUGUUUGGCUUUAUAAAAGCAACUAUAGACGAUGCCCUCGAAGCCGUCUGUGUUUAUUUGAACGUCUCUCCUUUCACAAACUCUUCCACCACUCCACCUCCUGCUCCGUUCAACAUGCCUACCCGCUUACCCGGCAGCCUUUCCCGCGACCGCCAGUCUCAGGCCCAAGGGGAUGAGCCUUUCGAGCUGGACCGUAGCUAUCCCCCGGCCCAAGUGGUGCAAACAAGGAGGUUGUUGCAGAGGACGGGUCUUCCAGUAGAGGUGGUGGAUACGAUCCUUGAUCUCGCCGAAUAUUGGCCGGCCGCAAGCACCAUUACGCAAUAUGCCUCGGAGAAAGUUGCGCGCUCGGCCUAUGAGACCGGUAAUUCGGCCCAUCUAUUAUACCUGCGUACACCACCUCUGCCCGGCGAGUUUAAGCCCGAGUCGACGAUUGGGGGUGGGGCUGCCGAAGGUUUUGCAACGGGACGUUUUAUUGGUAAGAAACCUCUAACACGAACUCCAUAUUCCGGGUGGGGGAAAAAUACCGGCUUUUUUUUCAACCUCUCCUUACUUUUUCUUUCUAGGGCGCUAUCAGACCCGUGGCCAGCAUCCAGCUCGCAAGAUUGUCUUUAAAACAGUGAGCAGAGACCAAGGUUGGACUAGCAAUGAGGGCCGAGGUAUUCCACACAUCCAACAGAAAGACUAAAUCUACUGACAUCUGUGAUCCCAUAGAUACUUACAAAGGCUCGUGGUCUUGGUUUGAAGUUCACGCGGAACGCCCAAAAUCGAUCGGCGCCAUCACCCCAGCGGAGCAUAGACCCCUAGUGGAUGCAGAGGUGAUGACCAAGACCAAAACCUCCGACUAUAACAACUCUCCGUGGAAGCGGGUCUCCGCCACCAAAAAAGGUGUGGCAGAUGAGAAUAGAAGCCCAACGUCUAACCCCGAAGAAAAGAUCACCUGGGAUCUCCAGAGAAAUGUACAUGCAGGGCAAGAUUGGAAGACACAUUGGGUUGUCUGGAAACAUGACGGUCCUGACUCUGGCCCUGUUGACGAAAGCACGGGGGCCGGGGCAGGAGCAGAUCUCAUCCGUUGUUUGAAACCCGGCGAUAGGAUCAAUCUGGUCGCUCGGGCACAGGUGAGUGGCCACUGAUCUCUGCUGAAAUGCCUUAUCAUACUUACCACUUGUAAUUCAGUUUCCUGGCUGGCAGAAUUGUGUCCGCAGUGCGGAGGUCCACGUCUACUACGCAAUCUGAUCAUAUAAAGCUCCUUUGCUUUUUCCUUCCGGUUUGGGGGCAGAUGUAUAUUAUAAAAAAUAUAAAAAAUCAUGCCUCCC